AUGAGUGAAAAGAAAACUCAGGAAGAAGAGAAAAAGAGCACCAAGGGGUUUGAAUACGAUCCUGUAUCAAUAAUAUCAAGGAAGAUCGAUAUUGCUAUAGGAAUGAUCUUACCGGAGAGGUCGAACACAGUAAUGGCAGGAUGCAAAUUACUUGGAACCUUCUUCAUUCUCUUUGCAACAAUCUACCGUCUCUUUAUCGAUUGAAAUUUAAUGACUCAUGACUCGGAAGCAUGCCUUAUUAUGAUCAUCACCAUUCUUGUGUUCGUCUUCACAGAUGGGUUCUCAGCAGGACUAAUUAAGGAGGAUAAAGAAGACUCUAUCAACUUUGAAUUGUUUAGAAAAGUCUGAGAUACAGUCUGUUGGACCAUGAUUGGGCUUCAGAUAUGCCAAAUCAUGAGAAUUGGUGAUUCACUCUUGGGCUCUCUAUUGAUAGGGUGAUUCUGGAUAUCAUCUCACCUUGAUGCCUAUGUAAGGUUUAAAGAAGCUCUCUAUGUCAUCACUUGGAACUUUUUGUUUUCAUUUGAGGGAUUACUUGGGAUCUUUUUCCUUUGUUCCUACAGCAGAUCUAUGGGAGUCAAUCUGUUUGAGAAAGAGGUGGUAGAGCUAUUCAAUGAAGAAGGGCACCCAGCAUUAGCCUUUAUUACUAUGAAGAAGGUUCUUAUCGUUUUGUUUACUACUUUUACAUUCAAUGCACUGCUAAGCAAGAAAUGGAUGUGGGAAGAAGCAGGCGGAGGACAAACAAUGAUCUUUAUAUCCUGUCUUCCUAUAUUUUUAGGAAUAUUAUUCUUGAUUCUAUGCCAAUAUUUUCAGUUACAUCCUGAAGGUGGUCUCGGAUUUCUAUAUCUUUCGUUCAGUUUGAUAUUUUUGAGUGCAAAUCUAUCUCUUUACAUAAAUGCAUUUGCAAGACAGAACAAUGGGUUAAAGAUAGCAGAACUAGUUUUGGUGAUUCUUCACAUUCUUAUAUGUGCUAUUACAGGAUAUAGCCCCAUGUUGUAUAUCAUCACCAUACUAUUCACCUUGCUGAUUAUCUCUAAAUUCCUUGUAGUCAGAUCUCUAAACGCUGGGAUGAUCUUCAGACCUAAGAAAACUGAAUAAAUCAAUAUUUGUUUAA